AUGGAGGAAGAGGAAGCAGAGGGCACAAGCAGUGAGGAAGAAAAAGUGAGCCAAGGUGAGGAAAAGGAAAAAGAAGGGAUAGUGAUGAGGGGAGCAGAGGAGAUGGAGGAUGGGGGAGAAAAUGACGUAGGUGGGGGGGUUAGGGAAGAUGGGGUGGGCAACAUGGAGGUGAUAGAAUCAGGUGGAAGGGUAGAUGUGGAGGAAGAAGAGAAAGAAGAAGAAAAUGGUGUGGUGAGGGAGGAAUCAGAGGAUCUGGGGGAAGAGGAGAGUGUGGUGGAAAGGGAGGUCAUAGAGAAUGGGGAGGUGGAGAAAGUGGAGGAACAGGAUGUGACAGGAGCAGAAGAAAUCGAGGAAGAGGAGGAGGAUAAAGAAAAUGAGUUUCAUAGGGAGAGGGAAGAAGCUGAGGAACUUGAAGGAGGAGAGGAAGAAGGAGAAGAUGAGGUAGAGGAUGAAGUGGUUUCGGAAAGGCAGGUGAGGGGAGGAGAGCAGGUCGAGGAGGAAGAUGACGGGGAAGAGGAGCAUCAGGAACAGGAGCAAACUGGACAAUAUCACCUUGCAGAACCAUUCAGAGAACAUAUGAGAAGAACUGAGGAUGAAAACAUUUGGCAAAACCAAGAAGGUGCAAGCCGAGAACCAAAUACAGUCAAUGAAACUGCAAACGUGUCUGAUUCAGUGGAAUCCGAUUAUGAAGACUCUGACUUGACGGGAUCGGAGGAUGAAUUCUACAUCUUUGACAGAAUGAAUAAUGAAGAGAGAGCUGCUGAAAAACAAUAUCUUGAGGAACUGGAAGAUACUGAUGAUAAGUCAUGCAGAAAUGAAAAUAGCAUCCUGGAAGCAUUGACUUCUGAGGAAAAAAAAGUUGAGGAAGAUGAAAGUGAGAAGUUGACAGAUGAGAAAGAAAUUAAAUCUCUGGCAACUCAAGAAGAAGAGCUUCAUGUUGAUCACAAAAAGCUUCAACAGGAAGAGGAAGAGUCUACAGAUGAGGAGGAUGCAGAACAUUCAACAGACGAGGAAGCAGGUGAGAACAAUUUGGUUAAGAUCUACUGCAAGGAAGAUUAUUGCAGGGAUGUAUUCCGCACCUUGACAGAGUUCAGGGACUCCUCCCUUCUCACUGACCUUACUUUGACAACGGAGGAUGGGAGGAGUUUCCAUGUACACUCCCCUGUCCUGGCUGCUGUCAGCUCCCAUAUCCGAGAAAGCAUUAUUCUAAGCAAUAAACACAGAUGCAAGGAUAGAGUUGAUGAAAGGAAAGAUACAAGUUCUGGAGUCCACUGGUGGUCAGUGUCUCUCGGUCCAGAGGUGGAUCAUGUUGGAUUAAAGGCAGUUGUGGAUUUUGCCUACACUGGACACAUACCAUGUUUGAACAUGAACACUUUGCACCAGAUAAAGGCAGCGGCUCAAAUGUUGGGCGCCCCCAGGGUGCUGGAUCUCUGCGAGGAGGAAGAGGUGGUGCCCGAAAAAACUGGAGGGCAGAAGAAAGAGGAAAGGAUCUCGGCUGCAGAUCAAAUGACGAUAAGUCUUCAGUCAAUCAAACAGCUGUGGGCGGACAGAGUGGGCUGUGAUGUCAUUCUGGAAGCUCUCGGAGGAUCGCUUCAUGUCCACAGAGUCAUUCUGGCGGUGUGCAGUGACUACUUCCGUGGCAUGUUCACCUUGGGGAUGAAAGAGUCCUAUCAGUCCUGUGUGACCCUUCCCUUCCUUUUGGCUUCAGAGCUGGAGGUUCUGAUUGAGUGCUCCUACAGCGGGGCUCUCCCCCUCAGCUGGAAGUGUGUCUUCGAGCUCACCAGCACCACUCUUCAGCUCCAGUACCAACCUGCCCUCUCUUUGUGCCUUGAAUUCCUGCAUCAAGAAAUAAAUCCUCACUCCUGCCUGGAUGUUGCAUCUUUUGCUGAGGCCUACGAAAUGGAGCAGCUUCUUGAGGUUGCAGACGAUUUUGUCCUGAGGCAAUUCCAAAAGGUUGCAUGCAUCCCAAAGUUCAAAGACCUGCCAGCCAAACAGCUCCUAAAGUACUUGAACAGUCGCUCGCUCUGUGUUCCAUCUGAGCUUGUUGUGUUCAAAGCAGUGGUGACAUGGAUCCAAGCAAGGCCCAAAGUAAGGAUGAAUCUUGCUAAAGACCUAAUGAAAACCAUCCACUUUCCGAUUAUGACGUUCAAGGAAUUCAAAGAGGUUCAAUCUUUACCCAUGUGGUCUGAUCACAGUCUGGCAGAGCUCUAUCAAUCAGUUUUUAAGGAUUUCUGUUCCAAUAAGACUCAGUGCCGGAUUUAUCUGCCAAAAGAGAGUCUGGUCUUGAUUGGAGGUGAACAGAUCUCUGAAGACCUGUGUAAGCGCAGCAUCAGCAGAGAACUCUGGUUUGGGAAUUCCCUAAGGAACCAUGGAGGGGUGAAAAAGGCCAUGGAGUGGAGGAAGUUGGGAGAUAUGCCAGAGGCAGAGAGGUUCAAUCAUGAGGUGGCUGUCCUCAAUGGACAACUAUAUGUGAUUGGAGGCAAGAAGUAUUAUGGCAUCCACGACACCUUGAAUUCUGUUUACAGGUAUGAUCCCCUUCAAAAUAGCUGGGAGAGUUUGGCUGACAUGCAGGAGAAGAGAGGGUCUUUCUCCGUGGUUGUGCUGGAUGGAAAGAUAUAUGCCAUUGGUGGAUAUUGUGACCCAGAGUAUAGAGAGAGUGUGGAACGAUACUGCCCCACUGAAAACUCUUGGAGCUUCGUGUGGCCUUUGGAUCUGCCUCUAGCCGCCCAUGUAGCUAAGGUUUUACAAGGGCAGAUCUUUGUCUCAGGAGGGCUGAGCAACAACAACCAACAUCUUGCAUCCAUGUUUCUGUACCACCCAGAAACAGGAAGCACUUAUCUGGCAAACAUGACUAAACCUCGAGCUCGACACUGCAUGGAGACCCUGAGUGGACGUCUUUAUGUAGCAGGGGGAAUCACCACUGGUGUUGACAUAAAUGUUGUCGACCAGCUGGCUUGUGAGGUGUACAAUCCAGUGGACGACUCCUGGAUGGCCUUCACAUCUCUGCCAGUGCCACAUGUAGGAGCAGGAAGUGUGGUUUUGGAAGGAAAGUUUUACGUGCUGGGUGGAUACAGCCAGGAGGACUACAGUGACACUAAGCUGGUCCAUCGUUAUGAUCCCACCACACAGAAAUGGGAGAACAUGGGCAAGAUGCCGGGGCCGAACAAUGACAUACGAGCAUCUCUGCUGCAUUUGCCAUCACAUUUCAGAUUAUAA